AUGCACCAACUCCAAAACUCCAGAUGCACCUUGGGUUGUAGAAGAGAGCUAGUGAAGUUUGACGUGGACAAAAUAUCGUACGGAGUGCAGGAUUUGGUAUACACGAGGGUUUUUAGUAUGAUUGUAGUUAGGGAUGACACUCUUGAUGUCUCUGUAUGUCAUAGUUUUGUUUGUGAAUCUACGGAUCAAGCUAGAAGAAUCACGUACGCUUUUACAGCAGCUUUUCAAGAUUAUGGUACGAAGGUUAAGUCCGAGAAUGGGGAAAGGACUGUUGAAAAGUUUACUAUCGAUUUACGAACGCCGGAAGAACAGGCUACUGCUUCUGAUGGAGAAACUGACGUUUGAUAUUUCCUAUUUUGUAUUAUGACAAAGCUGUUUUUGAUAUUUUUAGAACUUAAUGUUUUCCUUGUUUCAAAUAUUAAAUAUAGUUUAGAAUUUGGCGUUUCACUUCAAAGAAAUCUAUAAUUAUCAUAUCUCCAAGGAUUAACAACUUUGGGAUUCGCCCAUUUCCUUACGCCCCGAUCAAAUUGUCAGAUUUUUGAAAUACACACUG